UGCAAAUUCGAGAAGCUUCACUCAUUAUCAAUAUGACACCAUAUACUAAAAAGCACUGUCCUUUUCGUUGUUUCACACACGGAAGUAGAAGCAAGCAAGUAGCACAAGCUCUCAAGGCCAAGUGAACAAUGUCGAAACUAUUUGGAGGAAAAGACCCUUUUGAUGAUCCAUUUUUCAAGGAACCAUUUGGUGGUUGGUUUGGUUGGAACGACCCGUUUGAUGGACAACAAGGCGCUGGGAAGCAAAUUACCAUUGAAGAGCUAAAUCCUGAAGGUGAUGGUGGACAGGCUCAGGAAAAUUCUGAACCAAGUAAAGACUUGGUUGUUAAGAACAAGAAACCAAGUAAAAAAUCCAACGGGAGCCACGGUUUCAGCUACCGCAGAGUUGCUUAUGGUGGUUUUAAUGGGAUGUACUACACUUGCUCGGAAGGAAGAAUUACUGGUCCUGAUGGGGUGGUUCUAGCAGAAAUGAAAGAAGACGAUAAGACAAUUGGCGAGUCCCUGCACACAAUUUCCAAAGGGAUUCAUGAGAAGGGCCAUUCUGUCACAGAAAAGCAUAGUUCAGAUGGGCGAGAGGACACACUGCAGACGUUGCACAAUCUCAAUGAAGACGAGCUUGGCGACUUUGAACAAAAUUGGAAAGCUAACGCUGAUAAGUAUUUACCCGGAUGGGAUAAGGGUUUCAGCUUGCUGGAGAAUCAAGGGUCCAUUAGCAGCUUGUGGGAUGACCUUGCAAAUUGGAAGGGUUUGGGUGGGUGGGCACAUUCAGCUCUGGAGUACUAUGGAAAUGCAGAACCGGUGGAACAAGCCGGUGAAUCAGGCGAAGAUUCUUCUAGGCGAGCCAGAAGAAUAGUCCCAGUGGAGUAAAGGGAUGUUUCUUUUGAUGAUGAAGUUAAUGGUACCACAUAUAUCAUCCUACCAGUGUAAUUACAUGUUUUGACCUCUUCUAUUUUCAGAGCUUAGUGUAUCUUGUCGGUUCGCGUUGAGCAUGUUUCAGUGAGAUUAUGUGUUGAAGACUGGAUUUGAUUAAAAGUCAAGACUAUUAAGACUACUCUGUGGGAGAUUGUGAUAUCAUAGUCAAACUUCCGUGG